UCCCGCCGCGGGGCGGGCGGUGGCGGCAGCGGGUUCGAGCCCCGCCAUGCCGGGGCAGCCCCUGCCCGCCGCGCUGCGCUGCCUGUUCCUCCAGCUGUUCCUGGAGCUGGGGGCUCUGCUGCCGCUCUUCGCCCUGGGUUUGGUCUCCGCCAUGUCCCGCGGGCGCCGGCUCCGGGAGGCCGCGCUGCUCUGCUGCCUGGGGGCGGCUCCUGCCCUCCUGAAUUCUUUGGCGCUCGCCGUCAUCUACGAUCACUACGUGGUGGUGGCCGAGGGGCCGAGAAGCCCCGCGGUGCCGUCGUUCCUGUCCUUCCGGCGUCAUCUCGUGGAACUCUUUAAUAACUGCACCUUUGGUUCCGAGAGUUGGGCCGCGGGGAAGUCGCCUCCCCGGGACUCCGCUUCUCCCUGGGAUAUUAUUUUCGCUUCGGGGCGUUUUCACUACCCGUGGGAUGUUUCCUUAACUCUGGUCGCCUUGUCAGGCCUUUUCAAUGUCUUGGUCUUGCUUGCAGUGAAGAGUCGUUGUCGAGGUGGGUCCAGUGCAGAUGCUGCAGCCCCUGCAGCGGACCCUGCGGCCACCCCGGCCCUCGCCGCGGCCACCGUGGCUGCCCCAGGGGCUGCUCAGACUUCUGCAAGUACUCGAGUCCCGACAGCAUCCACUGUGGGCACCCAGACCUUGGCAGAAGACUCUGCGACGACUGAGACCUCGGAGACGGGUGAUGAGGCUGAGCGGGUGCCGGUGUCAGUCACCCCGACGAGGAGAUGCACAGCUCGUGAAGGUCCACAAAGGCCAUCAGAGGAGGAAGAACCAAACGUGACCACUCACUGCUUACUCCCAAGGGAGCUGCAAGAUAUACGUGAAGAUCUGGGCCGUUUUGAAGGUGAGCAGCACAUCAGUUGGCUGCUCCGAUGCUGGGAUAACGGAGCCAAUGAUUUGAACUUGACCAGGAGAGAAGUCCAGAGGUUGGGACCACUGGCUAGAGACUUGGCGUUUGACAGGUGUCUUGGGAGAGACCCACAGCCCCUCACUCUCUGGAAAAGACUCCUGUUAGUCAUGAGGAAGAGGUAUCCCUAUGUUGGCCAUGAGGUGUACCAGACAGGCAAGUGGAGAACCAUUGAGGGAGGCAUUAGGAACCUGAGGCUAAUGGCUGUGAGGGAGCUGGUGUUUUCUGACCUGGAGAACCCACUGGCACCACUGAGCCCGUAUACACUGAAAGUCACUGAAUACAUGUGGCGCAGCUGGUUAAGGAGUGGGCCACCCUUGCACGCUAACAGAGUAGCAGAAUUUUUCUGGGAAGACGAGACACCAACAGUGAAUUACAUGGAGACUUUGUUGCUGGAAUAUGCAGACAGUCUCUCCUCCUCCCAACGGACCAGAGACUCACCUGUGGAAGAACAGUCUGGCCAAUCUGCAGAACUACUUGACUUCCAACCACAAAGGCCGGGACCAAAUCCAAGUUCUGCAGAGCCCAGAGGAGCGACAGCAGAGACAACAACGUGGACUGAGCCUGCAGAGGUCCCUGAGGAGCUGGGUGCUGCAGCAGCCCCAGUCCCCACCGAGGUGCUGAGGGCCCGGAGCAGUGCUGUGGUGUGUGGCAUCUGCAUGGACAGGGUGUAUGAGAAGCGGCUGCCAGAGGAGAGGCUCUUUGGGAUCCUGCCCAACUGCAGCCAUGCCUACUGCGUGAGCUGCAUCCGCCAGUGGCGCCGCAGCCGGGAGUUUGAGAACGAGAUCAUCAAAGCCUGCCCAGAGUGCCGGGUCACCUCCAGUUACUACAUCCCCCACAAGUACUGGGUCUCAGACGUGGAUGAAAAGGAGAAGCUCAUCAAAUCCUUCAAGGCACGGACAGGGAAAAUCAGGUGCAAGUUCUUCGUCCGGAACCGCGGGCGCUGCCCCUUCAAGUCCGAUUGCAUCUACCUGCACGAGCUGCCCCCCGGCCCGCUGCCGCGCCGGCGCCGGCGCCCGCGGAGGGUGCCCCUGGAAUUCAGCCUUUCUCUGGUGGAGAGCUCGGACGAGGCUGACGAGGAGCUCUACAUGAUCGAAGCCGAUUUUGAGCUGAUGGGGACACACUUCGGCCGCAGGAUGCUCUACACGGAUUACAGCGACUCCGACUAAAGCCACCGGGUGGCCCACCGGGCCCCAGCUGGUCUUGGCAGCAAGGAAUUGUCUUCUGGGAGGGGGAAGCGUCUGCUUCUGAUCUGUGUUUAGCAGCUCCCGGCGUCGAUUUAGAGUGGCUCUGGGAACAAAAAGUGUUGCAGGGGUGAGGUGGGAUGGGGAGAUAGUUUGGCUGGUAUUUUAUCAGCCACCCCCAGGUGGGUGGAUGAACCCCCAGCAGGUCCUGCCCCCCCUAGGAAGCUGGGGGGUGGGCAGAGCUGCAGGGGUCUCAGGGCAGUGGGGCACAGCCCCCCUUGUCUUUAGAAAGUGUUUGUAUUUAGGACUCUCCUUUUGCCAGCUUCCCCUUCACUUGCUGUCGUGGUGCAGCACUCAGCACCCGUGGGAGACCUCUCGGGGGGCUGGGACGGGUGCUGCAGGGCAGUAGGGGUGCUUUUUUAAUGCACUGGGGGGGCAGUGGGUUGUUUUUUUUUCGUGCACGGGAGGGGCUGGGAUGGGU